CCCAUCAAAGAGCCUCUACCAGGAAACUGAUAAAAACCAAAGUGUACAGUGACCGCAAUAGAAAUUUCUCUGCAAAGCAUGGGCCUGCGCCUGUGCCUGUGUCUCACACAAACACAUUCAUUUUAAGCCAGUGCAUCAUUUACAUAAAGGGGAAGCCACAAACGAUUGUGUAUGCGUGAUGGAGGUGAGAUAGGGACCAACGUGACGUCACAGAGGGACAGAGCAGCUCGCGCAGUGAUCAUGGACUCCAACAAAGUGGUGGAAAACAUCUACCUCCUGGUCAUCGUCACCCUCAUCAGCGUACUUCAGAACGCAUUCUUUGCCCAGAAGGUAGAGAAGGAAUGCAGGAGUCAGAAUACCCAAACAUCCUCUUUUGAGCGAGUGUCUUGCGCCAAUCGUAACUGCAUGGAUGCGUAUCCCACUUUCCUGGCAGUGAUGUGGUGUGCCGGUCUGUGUCUCAAUCAAGCUCCUGCUGCGUUUGCUGGGGUCAUCUACCUUCUAGUCAGGCAGAAGUACUUUGUUGGAUACAUGGGACAAACCUCUCAAAGCACACCAGGCUACCUGUUUGGGAAACGCAUCAUCUUCUUCCUGUUCCUGAUGUGCCUCGUGGGCAUCUUCAACUACCUGCUGCUGCGCUACUAUGGCAGCGACUAUAAAGAGCACGUACAAACCAUCGCCAGUGCUGCAUCUACCCUUCUCCUCCUCCCUUAAUCCAGUGUCCAGUGUGCGUCACCCAAGGGCAACAACACUUGCCCACAUUUAUCUUUUAAUUGAUGAGAACAACUGAAUCAAAACACGGCAAUCUUUUGUAGGUUGUUUUUUGUAAAAGGGCAUUUAUUGUAUUUUACUUUGUUAAAACAUAAAAACUUCUUACAAACUUAGAAAUGCUCAUUCAUCGGUACAAAAGUCUGCAAACAUUUGAUUCUGAAAUGGCACAGCCUUGACCCCUUUAGCCCAUACAAUACAAUAUUUGUAAAUCAUGAGGUAAAUAAGUGUUUACUAACAAAAAAAUAAAACACCUUUAGAAAUCAAUGUAGACAUAUAAUUUGCCUAAGUAAUCCUAAUGUCAUUCAGAGUUUCC